AAAGAGUGCGCGCGUGCGUUUUGUGCAUAUGUGUGUGUGUGUAUUCGAAUUAUAAAAAAGAAGAUAUAAAAAAGAAAAAUUAAAUUUUAUUCUUAAUUAAAAAAUAGUGAAAAUAUAGAAGUGAAAAUGAUCUGUAUUACAUUGUUUUUACAAUGGUAACGAUUACUAUUGUUCUGUAACAGUUUAGUGAAAGAUUGUAGUAUUCAAUCUGUUUUAAAAAUGAGUGAUGAUAAAAUAUCAUGCAUAGAUAUUCCGUUUUUGUUACCUUCUGUGAAAAAGGAACAGCAAGACUUGGUAGAGAAAGCAAUUGAUUGGGCACUUAUGCAUGGAAUGUGUAUGAGAUCAAAAACAAAUUUUAAUAGAAAUAUGUUACAGUUUGCACCAUUUGUUCUUUUACCAUCGCCGUUUCCUAGAAAAGAAUUUGAAAAUGCCUGUGGUAUUCAAACUAUAUUAAAUGUUCUUAUACAUAAAGUAGCACACGAUUACAAUUUUUUAAAAGAAACUUUACAAGAAACAAUAAAAGUUGAUAAUUUUACUAAAAAACUUUUUGAUAUAUAUGAAACUGUCUAUAAUGAAGGAUUUACACAGAAAAUUUCUUUGGGUUUACUUCGAUCAGAUUUAAUGUUAGAUACUAGUUGUGCAGAAAGAAAUGAAUGUAAGAAACAUAUACCUUAUUGUUGUUGGAAGCAAGUUGAGAUAAAUACAAUUGCUUCUGGAUUUGGAUGGUUAGGUCCAAUAUCCACGCAGUUACACAGAUUUGUAUUACAAGAACUUGGAUAUAAAGAUCAGUUAAGUAAUCUUCCUGAAAAUAAUACAUUAGAAGAGUUAUGCGCAGCUAUGAUUGAAGCAUGGAAGUUAUAUGGAAAUUCACAAGCUAUUAUUUUAUUUAUAGUUGAAGAUGUUUCUUAUAAUAUUUGUGAUCAACGUUUUCAUGAAUUUGAAAUAAGAAAGCAAAAUCCUAAUAUAAAAGUAAUUCGCCGUACUCUGACUGAUAUGAUUACUAUUUCCAAAUUGGGGACUAAUAAGGAAUUAAUAGUGGAAGAUUAUAUUGUAUCGGUAGUUUACUAUAGGUGUGGUUAUGAACCUGGGCAAUACCAUACAGAAAAAGAAUGGGAUGUUAGAUUAUUAGUAGAAAGAUCUUCAGCAAUUAAGUGUCCAUCUAUACAAUAUCAUUUAUCAGGAACUAAAAAAGUUCAACAAGCUCUUGCAAAACCUGGAAUUGUUGCAAGAUUUUUAAAAGAUGAAAAAAAUGUAACAAAUAUUAAAGAAAUAUUCACUGGUUUGUAUGCUCUUGAUUUUGAUGAACAUGGAGAUAUAGCUAUAGAAAUGGGUAUUCAAAAUCCUGAACAAUUCGUAUUAAAACCACAAAGAGAAGGUGGAUGUAACAACGUCUAUGGAACAGAUAUAAAAAAGUUCUUGUUAUAUAUUAAAGAUAAACAAGAACGUGCAGCUUGGAUUCUUAUGGAUAAAAUUAUUCCACCAAUUCAUUUAAAUUAUAUGAUUAGACCAGAAAGACAUAAUUAUUUAGGGCCAAAAGAAUUAGUUUCAGAACUGGGAAUUUUUGGUGUUAUUAUCGCUGAUGAUAAAAAUAUAUAUGUUAAUAAAAAGGCUGGUCAUAUGUUAAGAACAAAGUUAGCUAUUGCCAAUGAAGGUGGAGUAGCAACUGGUUUAGGCGCAUGUGACAGUCCUUUGUUAAUAGAUUAGUAUACUUUUGAGAAGUAUUAUUUUCUACAAAUAAUAGAACAUAAGUAAUGAUUAACUACCAAAGUAAUGUUAAUCAAUAUAUAUUAUUUUUACAAAUUUUCUACAUUAUCACAAAAAUCUAUUACGAAUAAUAUUAAGUGUGCUUUUGAAGUAUGAAACAAUAAGUUUUUUUAUUAGCAGUUAUUUGUAAAAUACGUAAAGAUUUGUAUAAAAUUUUAGAAUCAUCAUACAUAAUGCAAGAA